AUGUCGCCGAAGCAACCCACCAAGCUCACGCCCUCCUCGCCGCCCAAGCUGUCACGGUCCUCGGGCAUCAUCAAGAAGACUCAGCCAAAGGAGUCUCCCGCCACCACCACAACCAUCAAGAGCACCACCGUCACCACCACCGACACCACCAUCAGCACCGCCGCCGUCCCGUCCGCCCCUCUCCCCGAGCGCCCCCAGUCCCCCUCGGCCGAAUCGACCCUUGCGCGACGCAUUCUAGAGUCGCUGGUGGACGACCACUCGAUCGACCAGCGUAUCAGCGUCGACGAGAACGAGAUGCUGCUGGACGAGCUCACGGAGCGCCAGCAGCAGAUACGCUGGGCUAUCGAGUGGUGCAUCGGCCUUGAAGAUAAGUACGAUGUUCCCAACGGGGACAGGAUGUACCGCCCGCGUCCGCUCAAGAGGGGCAGGGGGUAUUCCCCCAGCAAGGCCGCCAGAACCAUAAUGGUUAAGAUGUGGGAGAGGGAGGAGGAGGAGGAGGAGGAGCCAAAAUACAAGACGCCCGGUUCGUGGGUAGAUUAG